CAAAGUUAAUUAUUUACGCGAAAAUUUUCACUCAUAUCAACAGAAAUUUGUAUCAAAUUUGCGAAAAAUCCGUUUUUUAAUCGGAAAACUGUACAAAAUACCGUUUUAUACCAACUAGUUGUGUUCACUAAUUUAUAAAUCUAUUAAAAACCUGAAAAUGACCGAGCAACCUCCAGCGCAGGACGACCGACGGCUUUGGCUGGGCAACCUGGACAGUCGCAUUACCGAGUACCAACUAUUGAAAAUUGCGCAAAAAUGCGGCAAAAUUGAGAAGUUCGACAUGCUGUUCCACCGGUCCGGACCGAUGGCCGGCUAUCCGCGGGGGUACGCCUUCGUGACGUACGACCGGCAGCAGGACUCGGAACGGGCGCUGGAGAUGCUGAACGGCAAGCAGAUCGGGGACAAACACAUGGUGGUGCGCUGGGCCAAGAACGUCAACCGGGACGAGAUGGAGCGGGCGAAGCCAAAGAUACAGAUUCCGGCGCUGGCCGGGGGGUCAAAGGCGGGCGCCGGGGGACCUGUGAGUCAGCAGACCAAGAUUCAAGCGUUGGAGGCGAAGCUGAAGAUGAUGGAGAGCAGGUCGGACGAUCUGAUCAUCAAUAAGAGCGUGGUUGGGGAGAGACCGAUCAUCGAGCGAUAUCAGUAUAAUAAGAACGCGCCGAACCAGCAGCAGCAGCGGUCGGAUUCGAUGAAACAUCGGCAUCAUGGGCCGGGUCGGGGAGGGUCGCGCCCUGGACCGUACAAGUCGACGCGGUUCAAGUAGUGAGCGCGGGGGGAGUUUCUUUCCGGCGGUUUUAUACAACUUUUCAAGAUCUGCGUGUGUGACGACUUUUUUUUACUCUGAGACAAACUUAAGGUUGCUGGAAUUACAAACUACUCUCAAGCAACGUGAACUAAAACGAA